CUGACGUGAAAUGAUCCCCACAAACGCGAGUAUAGUUGUGGUUGGAUGGUUUGAGAUCCUCCCGUCCGAUCCUAUUGAGCCAUUUUUCCCGGCGACGCUUUGAAAGUUCAUGUGUUGCUUCACCCUGGUGUGUUAUAACCGCCGGCAGCCUGUAAAAUGACUUCGGCCCCCUGUUUCGAUCACCUCUGUUGCCGCAGCCAAUUGGCACAGAAGUUAACCAUUAUAUGUCCGGUAAAAAAACAGCGCUGACGUAUUACGGUGUCUGUUUUGGUACUCCAGUAUGGCCGUUGGGCUGAUGUCACGUUACCCGUGACGUCAUAUGCAAAGCCUCUAUACCCACGAACCCCCCUAGCAUGUUUGGACCUCGGUAUUUAGGAAAUCCUGGAUGGUAGAUAGUGAUGGAGAUGGCCGGGUGUAUUGGUCAGCAGCCAAAUCCGUAGUCUGCUUUAAGCAGAGUUGUUUGCGGAACACGUUAUCGCCGAAGGAGGGCAGCAGUUUGCUGAACUGCUCACUGAAGACAACAAGCAUGAAGAAGGAAGAGGAGGGAGCUAAAGUGAUGAGGGAGGAUUACUCAAACGGAAAAAACUGACUUUGCCGACAGUAGGCUAUUUGUCUUUAGCUGACCUUACACUGUGACUGCUGGCAAUGAUGUGCUUUGGGAAAGCCCUACCGGUCGAAUAACCAGAAGCAUCACGGGCACAAAACUAAAAGCAGACGCUUGUUGCAUUUCUCGCAAUGGGAAGCCUGACAACAGCAGCUAUGGUAAGCAGAGCAGUUUUGAGCCGAGGCAUCACUGCUCACCACCUCAGUAAGAAUGUCACUUUUUAUGUGAAUGAAUUAGAAUCUCCAGUGUUUGGAUGUCAGAACAAAGCCUCUGAAGACCAUAAACCUCUUAUGCUCAUGCUGCCUUGGAUGGGCGCACGUCCUCAGGCUAUGGCCAAAUAUUGUGAAAUCUACUUCCGUACCGGCUUUGAUGUGCUUGUUGUGGAGAGUGAGGUGCAUGAGUUCCUGUGGCCUCGCUGGGGUCUGGAGCAUGGGAAGAGGUUGCUAGAGUUGCUCCAGACCGAACGCUUUAUGUCCCGCCCACUGGUUGUCCAUGCCUUCUCUAUCGGUGGCUACACAUUUGCUCAGCUGCUGAUACAUGUCUCCCAGGACAUCCAGAAAUAUCAGGACCUUACACAGAGGAUAAAAGGCCAAGUCUACGAUAGUCUGGUGGUGGGCUCAGUGGAGACGAUGGCCAUAGGUCUUGGUAAGACUUUAUUUCCACGUUUGGAGACACUGGUAACAAAAGCAAGCAUGUUAUACUUUGGCAUGUUCAAACGCCAGACAGUGGACUACUUUAACAAAAGCAUUGAUACGUUUUGGGAAACCCCUAUCACCGUUCCUGCACUGUUCUUCUUUUGCGAGAACGAUCCAAUGAGCGACCCACGAGCCAUGGAGGAGAUAAUUGAUCGCUGGAGAAAGCGCGGGAUAGACACCACAGCAAAGAAGUGGAAGGAAUCAACACAUGCCGGUCACCUGAAGAGGCACCAACAAGAAUAUCUGACCACCAUAGACAUGUACCUACAUACACUUGGCUUUACCCAGCUAAAGGCCAAGAUGUAAGAUCAUUUCUUUACAACACAUUGCCAUUUUAGCUUGACUUUACUAUGUUGAACUUAAAAUAUGUGUACCAAACCAAAGUAAUAAUACAAAUGGCUACAUCAGAAUGGGUUUGUGAAGAAAAAGAAAACAUAUAUUACGAUGCAUUAGCCGCGUUCACACCGGAGUACUUUUCACCGUACUUUUCGCGUUUAGUUCCGUUAGUACCCCUUA